AUUCCAGCGCGCUGUACUACAUCCGGGUCUGUACUGGGCAGAAGGGCUGGCUGAUAGCAGGAGCAGGUAUAAAGUGGGGGAUUUGUGUCUGUAUUAUUAUGAGUAAUGGUGAGAAUCAGACGGCAGAGUUUCUGCGCCCUGUGUGGAGAGUGUGUAACCUCCUGAUGGCGACGUUUUUCGCUUUAGCAACUUACGUUCAGAUAAAUGAUCCAGAUGCCGGUCUGUGGAUGGUUGGAUACGCUGUUCCAGCAGGGCUGUGCUUUUUAAUUAGCUGCCAUCCACAGAUAACAGAGAUGCGUCCAUGGAGGAGAAUUGCUGAUUUGCAUGUGAUGAUGGCUACUGGAUUUGGUGCCAUGUUGGGAUGGACUCUUUAUAAUGAGGGUCUCACACACAUCUUCCACCAAGAGGAAGGAAGGGAAUUCUGUGGCUUGAUGCUGACCGUGCUGUGGCUGCUGUUGUGUCGACACUCAGGACAGAGUGGUGUUGGUGUUCUGAGGGUGUGCACAGCUGCUGGUAUCACCAUGUUCCCCAUCGUGGCCUGGGCCUACUACUACAUCCAUUCAGAGCUCAGAGCAGACUGGCCUUCACACUGCACCACUGCGCUGUAGCACUGCGAAUCAGCAGCAGCCUGUUUGCAGUUCUAUUAUACAGGACACGUCCUGGAGCCUAGAGGCAGUGUAUAUGGGUUAGUGUCCAUGUUAAUUGUUAUUAUAAUAUAAUAGUGUAAAUGAGAUUUUUGAUUAACUGUUUUUGAAUGGUGCAGGUAGUUUGAAAUGAAAGUGAAUGUCAUUAUAUGAUGCUUUAAGGGAAGAAAACACUUUAUAUGAAGUAUUAUUCUGUUCUGAUUCACUGUUGUGAAUAAAAAGCAAUUCAUUAAAUGAAUAAAUAAACAUUUAAUAUUUUUUCAGUUA